GUCACAACAUGUAAAUGGAGGAAUGUUGGCGCUUUCUGGAUGUUUUUAGAGAGUAUAAUGAGCGCAACAGAGGACCCUCCAUCUGUCGAAUCAAUUGUUAGACAACCAUGGACUUGAGGCUGACAGAUGCUCUGGGUGGCGGUGGAGGUGCUGUACCAGGUGGAGCUCCUGCCGAUGCUUUGCUGAAGAGAGACUUUAUGAGCGCACUGGAGAAGGAGAGCUAUGACGACAAGGUGGGAGAGAAAAUGUCCAAAAGUGACUACCGACCUCUCUUAGACGGAAAGGACAACAAAAGUGGGUCCGGCAUGAUGUCAUCAAUGAUGCAAACAGGUGGACGUCCAAACCCAGCUGGACAGCCGACAUUCACCUCUGACUACUUAUCUGGUCCUAUGGUCGGCGGAAUGACGGAUCAGUGGGGACAGAACAAGACUAAGGACAGCAGCAUGCCUGACUCGUCUUUAGGAUUCCCUUCAUCUGGAAUGAGUGGGACCAUUGGGUCAAGCAUGCCACCACCGUUCCAAACUGGUGUCAACUCGGGUCUUGGCGGGUUGGGCAAAGCUUUGGACACUCAGAAGACCUGCGGUCUGGUUGGCUCAGAGCCCCAAAACAUUAGUAACACCAGUGGGAACAACCCGUUCAAAACCAGUGAUCCCUUUUCUUCUGGCGCUCCCGGGAACCAAAGUUUGACUCACAGUCCAGCUCCCAUCCUCUCUCCCAGCGGCUCAGUGGACGACAGCAGCCCCACCUCCUCCACUUCCGAACACCUCAGUCCUAAGCACUUUGGACCGGGGUGUGAGGCCGGCAAGCAACAGCAAAGACGGAAGAAGAAGAAGAGGAAGGGCAGUGACGAGGUGCACAGCAUCUUGAAUAGCCGGGACGAUAACGGCCAGUAUGACAAACGUGGGUCACAGGAUAAGGGGGAACAGUGGGUAGAGGAUGAUGAGGAAGAUAAUUGGGAGUGGGGAGUCAGAGACGGUGGAGCAGGGGGUAGAGUCAGAGGCAGGAAAUCUAAGAGUCGGGCAAGACUACCGGAGGAGUGGGGCGCGCCGCAGAAAGCAACGUCUCUUACUUCCGAUGCAGUGGCUCCUACCUGGGCUACAGUAGCAGACAAAGACCCUUUGGACUCCGACGCUCGGAAUUCCAAAGACAGUCAAGGUUUUCCCUCCAUGCAAAUACCGACAAGUUUCAACGAUCACUCCCGCAGUGUUCUAGCAACAGAGUCAUCGUCACGCUCCAAUGAGCCCCUGAGUGUUGAUUACCCGGCCAUGUCUACCAAUGACUGGCAAAAUGUGACCAGCAAACCUCAACCUGUUAUCAGCUCAGCUGGCAACACUGCCAGCAAGAGUAGCGUGGCCGGGGUCGUUAGGGAUGAUUUAGCAUUAUUGACAGGGGACAAUCUGAGCCCAGUCUCCCAGACAUUCUCUUUUCUCGAUUCAGUCCUCCAAACCCCACCAAGUUCUACUCCUGACUCACAGAACCCCACCCCUAUCACCAACACCCCCUCUCUUGCCUUGGCAGCCUUGUCCACAUCAGCGGAAGCAGAUAUCCCUUCUUCACAGACUACAGUUUUUUCACCCUCACCUGUCAAAGAAACCCAUCGUCCCAAAACCACGUUUGAAUCAGUCCUCAACGCUGAUGCUAAGCCCUUUGUCCCCUCCACCUCACUCAUGUCCUCCACAAGCUCUCUACCUGCAGCCACUACGGCCGUUAGUGCAUUACCGUCCUUCGGUAAUGGUGGCACUGAAUUUACACAACUUAGUUGUCCUCCUACCACAAACAGUGAAAUCGCUAAACCUCCGUCACCAGACACUGUCCCCAAAGCUGCCGGCACUCUCCCUUUUUCCACCACACCUGCAGUCCCUCCCUCUCUCCUUGCACACUCCAAGAACCAGGAGUCUGCAUCGCCACUGCUCCCCCCAUUGGAAGGUUGGUGAACUACAGGAAAGACUAAAUAACAUGGGGCUAUAGCAAACAAUGCUUCAUGCUUGGAAAGCUUCUAAUAUUUUUUAUUUUAUUUUAUUUAUAUUUUUUUGCAUGUGUUUUUUUUUCGAUUGAGUACCAGACUCACUUGGUCCUUGCUCUAUUUGUAAUUAUUAGCAGGGCCCAACAGUUGACUCUAAGACAGCACAAACUAUUUUUAAGAAAUGUAGUGAAGAACAUGAAGUACAGGGCUAGUACUCAGAGGUGUGGACUUGGACUCCAGUUGCAAUUUUAAAGAGUUUGGACUCGACCUGAAAAUAUCAUCAAAUACUUCACCCGACUUGGGCUUUAACAUCAAUAGCUGCGUUUCCAUUGCAGUUUUUCGCUAAAUAAAAGCGCUAUUUCUAAAACUUUCGACAAAGUGUUUCUAAUAAAGGGUGUUUUGCGUCAUGAGCUGCAAUCCUGGUAAACUCUCAUCCCCCGAGACUCUACUUUGAGGAAGGUAUUGCAGACACCCGUGCCGUGAUGUCAAUAGAUUACGAAGGCUGCGAGAAAGUCAACGUCCUUAUGGCCCCCUCGACAUUGUUAGGGCAAGCCUGUGGGUCGGCCUCUAUUGCCGGGAAGGGACCCGCGAGAUGGCUCGGUGCAGCGGUGCCGCCUCGCUCCCUUCCAGCUGAUCGAUUGGAGACUUACGGCCCCCUUGACAUUGUUUGGGCAUGUGGGUCUCUCCGAGCCUGCUGGUAGGCCUCUACUGCUAGGAAGGCAUCUGCAAAACGGACGCCCCGUUCCCCCAGGCUGACUGAUCGGAUGUGAGACAAGACAACCUGUGUGCCCUAGUUGUCCUGCGUUGGUACCCCGCCAGUUCGGUGUUAUUAUGUGAAAAGUGAUUCUGUCAUACUUUUGUGAAACACUUCAAUAUCAAAACGUGUCAAAAACCACCUCAUGAGAGCGCAGAAAUGUUUCAGCAACAUUUGAGAGGUUUAUCGAAAUAUGGGUACUGUAUGAGCCAAUAAGUUUCUUAUUGAGAUCUUUAGGUUUUGCGCAUUUCUCGGGUUAAUGAAAACGCAGACACUGA